CUUCGCACCGCCAUGACCACACCCCACACUCCGGGGACGGCUCUAUACCUUGAAGACCCGGAAAAUGCAUGGAUCCCCGCGCAAGUGGUGUCAUGCACCAAGGUCCCAGUGGUCCUGAUCAGUGGACGCUGGUCGCCAUGGACGACAAUGGAAAGGAGAUCACAGUAACAGGAGAGGCGGAUUAUCUAGCGAAGCUGUACUUGCGAAAUCCGCCUCUACUGGAAAGCGCCGAUGACCUGGCGACGCUCUCACACCUCAAUGAACCUUCCAUUCUCUCCGUCGUCUCCACGCGUUACGCGCAAAAGCGAAUCUACACGUACAGCGGUAUAGUCCUACUCGCCGUCAAUCCAUUCGAACCCGUCGAGUUAUACACACCGGAGAUCGUGCACAAGUACAUGGGCCAGCCGAAGGACGCGCUUGACCCGCAUCUGUUCGCUAUCGCGCAGGAGGCGUUCGCUGCCAUGUGCAUCGACGGGAAGGGUCAAACGAUCAUCGUUUCUGGGGAAAGUGGUGCUGGGAAGACAGAGUCGGCGAAAUUGGUCAUGCGUUUCAUCGCUUCGCCCAAGACGUACCAUGAAGACGUGCCGAUUGGGGAUGUGACCCAGAUAGAGGAGCAGAUUCAGGCUACCAAUCCGAUCUUAGAGGCUUUCGGGAACGCCAAGACCACUCGUAACGACAACUCCUCCCGUUUUGGGAAAUAUAUCCAGUUACUUUUUGAUACCAACCGGCAGAUCGUCGGAGCCAGGGUGCGAACAUACCUGUUGGAGCGGUCACGUCUAUCGUUCCAGACAAUGACAGAGCGAAACUAUCAUGUCUUCUAUCAGCUGUGUGCCGGGCUUACGUCCUCGAGCCUGGAAGAGUUCGGACUCGACUCGGACUACAGCCAAUUCCACUAUCUUAACCAGGGUGGACCGUCGACGACACAGUUAAACGAUGAAGAGAAGUUCUACGCCAUGCAAGAGGCACUGAGCAUCGUUGGCAUCGAUGAAGUGAAACAACAUGCAAUAUUCCGACUGUUAGCUGCGCUUCUGCAUAUCGGUAAUAUCAACAUUUUGCACACGCGCGCGGAGGCUGGUAUCGACGAUGAUGACGCUUCGAUGUUACGAGCGAUGGAGUUCCUUGGGGUCGACCCAACGGAGUUCAAGCGCUGGACGAUCAAGAAGCAGAUUUCGACUCGUUCUGAGAAGAUCGUCACUGCGUUGUCACCUGUUCAGGCUAUAAGCGUGCGAGACAGCAUUGCACGAUUCAUAUACACCUGUUUGUUCGAAUGGCUUGUCGCCACCAUCAACGACAGUCUAACAGGAACAACUGGUGAUGCCGCGAGAAGGGCGGAAACUUACAUCGGCGUUCUGGACAUCUACGGUUUCGAGCAUUUCCAGAAGAAUUCGUUCGAGCAGUUUUGCAUCAAUUAUGCAAAUGAGAAGCUGCAGCACGAAUUCAAUACAUACGUCUUCAAGCUUGCUCAAGACGACUAUCUCAGGGAGAAAAUCAACUGGACGUUCAUCGACUUCGAAGACAACCAACCGGCGAUUGACCUGAUGGAAGGACGACUGGGUGUGCUGGCCAUAUUAGACGAGGAGUCCAGACUGCCUCUGGGCAAUGACGCGUCCUUCCUGCAGAAGCUCAACACACAACUCGACAAGCCUGCUAACAAGACGGUAUAUAAGAUGCCCAAAUUUGCCAAUGCCGCGUUCACAAUUGCGCAUUACGCAUUGGACGUGACGUAUCAAGUGGAUGGAUUCCUGGAGAAGAAUCGCGACACCUUACCAGACGAGCAUCUGAACUUGCUGACCGCAUCCAACAACGAGUUCUACGCCAAGUGUUGGAUGUCGCAUUACACCGGGAGUCAGCCGAGGGCGAGCCCGCGUCGUCCAUCCCGGAUCCGGGCCGACCGUCUCUGCCCACGGCACGUAAUGCGACAGUAAAGAAACCGACAUUGGGGUCCACAUUCAAAGGCUCGCUCGGCACGCUGAUGGAGAUGCUUCGGAUGACAAAUGUGCACUACAUCAGGUGCAUCAAGCCCAAUGACCUGAAAAUGCCUUGGAAGUUCAGCCAGGUGCAAGUCCUGGCGCAGUUGCGUGCCGCAGGUGUGCUAGAGACGAUCAGGAUUAGCACAGCAGGAUAUCCUUCACGAUGGACAUUCGAGGAGUUUGCCAAGAGAUACUUCAUGUUCGUGCACUGGAGAGAGGCGCCAACACUGAUCAAGCGAGAGCAAUUCAAGCGCCUCUGUGUGCUUGUCCUGCAGAAGACGGGGAUAGACAAGACGCUGUUCCAGAUGGGCGAAACGAAAAUCUUUUUGAGAGGCGGCGUGUUGGCGAAACUCGAGGCACUGCGCUCAGUUCGACUGGACGCUGCCGUACUGCUGCAAGCCCAGUUCCGGCAAUAUGUCGUCAAGCGACGGUAUCACAUGUUCCGACAGAGCGUCGUCGCGGUCCAGUCACGCUUCCGAGGCGCUCAAGCACGAAGGGCUUUUUCUGACGCGAAGGAAAAAGCAAGGCUGGCUGCAGAGGCUGCAAAAGCAAGGAAAGCCGCAAAAACGGUGGCGGAUCGAGAAAAGAUGGUUCAGGCCUCGAGGGAGCGCCAGCAGAAUAAGACUGCGGUGGCGGCCGAGAAAGCACCCUCUGAGCAUGGCAGUCCAGGGAAGACUAAGAUCAGGCGGAUGUUCUCUUUCGGAAGCAAGGAGAAAGUGAACCUCGUUGGCCGAGAAAGUCGCUCUCCAGAGCCAGUAACUGCGGCCCGUCGUCAAAGUCGGUUGGAGAAAGCGACGAGGAGGAUAUCCAGGUCGUGGUAUGACGAUGAUUCCCGAUCCGAUCUCUCGCCUCGCAAGUCUCCGAACCACCUCGCACCUCCGCCCAGUGCGAUGCGGUCGCCCAGUCCACAAUCGUUCUCCACCCCAAUCUACGAGAGGUUUAUGAAGCCCGCCUGGAAUUCGAGUACGAAUCUCAACCGUUAAUACUAUUGCUAGGAUCUCUCUAAUGCAUCGUGGACUUUUCGUUUCUCUUUCUUUACAUCUUGUAAAAAUUGGCUCAGUUGGUGGAUGGCGGCGCGUCGUGGUCAGUGCAUCUCACCCGGUGCGGCGCUCACAGUAGAUUGGUCUCCGACUGUUCAUUCUUGUACACCCACUUAUGCUCUGAGGCCAUGCCCGGACCUGGUCACAGAAGCAAGCCAAAGAAAUCCAGUCCCGCCGCUGGUUCCAGCUCCCAGGCGGUCAUAGACCCCGUUGUACCAGAUCUUGACAACGCGAAAGAAUGGGAGUCAGUUGUUGACGUUCUCUUGAACUACUUUGAUUUGCCUGACCUCUCCACCCGCAGUGGUUUGAAGAAGGUCCAUGCCAACUUCGAGAGGAUCCACCGCAAGCUCGACAAGACGUAUGUUCGAAAUGCGAACAAUGUGCGAGUAAGGGGUGGGAUCGUCGGUAUCUACACUCGAAUGUGCUGCGACGCUAUAUUGCGUACCAAGAUCUUGGAAAAAGGCUUUCUCGACCAACUGCUCUCUCUCAUAGAAAUCCCAUCCUGUCGUCAUCUGGCUCUUCGUGCCCUCUCUACUGUGACGCACCAUGGUGGUGUCGAAGUUCGCCUCAAAAUAGCGAAAGAAUCGAGCGCCAUCCUCCUCAAAACGAUGGCCGAUCUCCCAGACGACGGGCAAGCAGUCAGUCUUGCCGUGGCAACGCUCUCGCAUUGCAUCCUGGCUGCUGUGGACGAACCGGGCGAGGAAAAGGACCUUGAUCUAAUCAAGCGUCUUCCUCUUCGCGACAUCGUAUUAACUGUCACGCACGCGCUCCGACGACAUCCGCGAGACCGUCAGAUGCAGGAACACGCUAUAUCACUGUUGGCCAACUGCACGAUGCAUUGUGAUGUGCCGCCGACCACCGUGAAUCUUCUCGUUGCGGGAUUGCGCAGUCGGGACUGGACCCUCCGCUGCAUCUGUUUGGGUGGUCUGGUGCGGCUGCAUCGAGAAAGUUCUGAGGAGGAUAUCCAGAUGUUUGACCCGAAUAAUCUGAUACAAGCGGCGCAGAAGGGUGCCCCUGGCCCUGUCGCCGACAUCUUGUCGGCCUACGGUGUCCUCAGAUGUGAAACGACGCUCACCGCCCAGUGCACGGUUGCAUUCCAGCGAACUAUGUACAAAAUCCUCGAUGACCACGAUCUUUACGCGUUGGGUCUGACUAUCGCAGGUCUCAUUGUCAGGACCGAGUUCUCGAUCUUCGAUGGAUACUUUGAGACUGUCAAUCCCAGGACAGGGAGCAGGGAACAGAUGGACACCGGGCUUCCUUUCCAGACCUGGGCCGACUCCCUCCCGCAUUGCGCAAAAGCUAUCCGUGCUCAGGGGAAGCCCGACGAGGCAGACCUGGCUGACGUCCUCGAUCUGAAGCACCUGAUCAGGAAACAGCGGCACGGCGAUGCCGCCCUACUUGCCAACAACGCUCUGAAGCGCAAUCCGGGUUUCGCCUAUGCUUACUAUGCGCUCAGUCUAUCGGCAGACCACGAAGUCGGGAUGAGAGCAGCGAAGAAGGGCAUCAAGUGCACGAACAUCACACCGUUCAUCCGGUUCCAGCUCAUGCAGCGGGCUGUAGACCACGCAGGCGAUUUCGGAAUCCGGAUACUGCAAGGUGCAGCAGCAGUGGAGGGGGGCCACAAGUGGGAGGAGGGCAUCGCAUUUCUGAUGAGUGCUCUGGAGGACUCCGAGACGUACAUUGCUGAGGCGCCACCCGACAAUCGCAACAUGCGGAAUGUUCUGUACUGGAACAUUCUGCUGCGGAUAGCGAUGGACGAACACGUCAGUUCUGAUCUGCGUGAGCUCCAGACGACCCUGAGGAGACUCAAGGUUGCUGAUGACAUCGCCAAGUGGCUCCGCCUCCGGACGCCCCAGACCAUCAUGCGACUCACGCAGCGAAAGGUAGUCAAUCUAUUUCCGGGAGCAAUGGCCGAGUGGGGCGAUUUCAUCUCCGUGCACACGGGUCAGACGGCAUCAAACCCAGAACCAGAGCGUCUGGAAGACGAUCUCGCCAGUUGGCUGGAGGGCAACCACGGCGACGAGGAUGCGCACCGGGGCCAGCAUCAUCCCUCUCCGACGUUCGACAUGCAGAACGUCGCGCUGUUCAGAUGUUCCCGGUGUGGGAAUCCGUCUGCUAUUUUGAGGAAGUGUGGAGGCUGUGCCAAAACACGGUACUGCGAUCCUACUUGCCAGAAGGCGCACUGGAAAGAGCACAAGAAGUUUUGUAUCCGAAAUGACAGCGCAGAGUGAUUGUUUUUUUUUUGUAUCGAUACGACUUGUAUACCAUCUUGAAAGUUGAAUAUUUCUUUUGAACUGUUCGACGAAUUUUGCAAGCCUGGAUCACUUUUAUUGAUGAAUCGGGGAAUGGCCAUCUAGGGCGCAAUGAAUCGAAAAAAAAGUACAGACAUCACACGCGCAAAAAAAAAAAACCUAGAUAAUAUCAAAAUCGGUUGCCUCCAGCGACGAGGUCGGGAGGGAGUUUGGGGACUGGAGGAAUCGCCUGGGACCGCUCUCGCCCGUUGUCCUCGUACAUCAGACCCACGUGCUCGAUGAGCUUCCCUCGGACACUCUGGCUCCGGUCCGUGUCCAUAAAACUUGCGCGACUGUAGCUGCUGUAGACCGUGUCGCGGUUGUAUCCGCCCGCAUUCGACUCGUCAUCCGGAUACCUCGAAGCUUGGUCAUCGUCCUCCUCGGGAGGUGCCAUCGGCGGCGGGGCGAACCGAAUGCGUUGUGAUGGCUUGCCUAUUCCCGGUCGCAGGGCCCCCGAGUCCUUCCUCUCCAGGGCCGAGCCGGGAGAGGGCGACGGGCUUUCAUGGGUGUCGCGGAAUCGGUCCAUGACGCCGAAGAUGGCGUCGUGUCCCCCCGUUUCCUCGUCGCUGUCCCAUUGCUCAACUCGGAUGCCCACUUCGUCGUCGUCGUCGUCCUCAUCAGCAUCUCUCCGUUUAUCAUAGAGAUCCCGAUACACAUCAGCGCGCGAUCGGUUGGCCAGAUCGACCUUUUGCCGGGGAAGCGGCUGCGUCGGAAACGGAGAUGCGCGACCACGCUGGACCCCGGGACCAAGCGGAAGCCCACCGGGGGAGACCGGGCGAGCCUGAUCGGGACUCGAGGCAGCCAGGUUAUUGCCCGGAUUCGGGCUCCGACUGCGAGCCCGAGUCCGGUCUUGACUCAUGCUGCGCAGGCGGGCGACGCCCAGCGCGGGAUCCCGAUGCGCCGACGGCGGGGCGCCUCGCGGAAUCCGGGGCAGCGGGCCGGUGGGUGGCGGGCUGGGUGGCGGGACGUCGUAGUAGGCCAGCACAUUCGGAGACGGAAGCGGCGAUGUCGACCGGGACGGGACAAUGUAGUCGCUCGAGGGGAUGAUCUCGGACGGAGAUGGCGACAGAGGACGGUCCCGCGGUCGCGGCGAAGCGGGGAGAUUCGUAUUGAUCGGUGUCAGCAUCACAAACGGCGACCCCAUCGGCGACGCCGAUCGCGACGGGGCUGGCCCGGCGCCAUCUGUCAUGAGAUGCAAUGGGCUGGCAGUGUGGAUGGGCCGUAAUAUCGGCCGCCCAGAAAGAGGAGACGACAUCCCUUGGGCCGACAGCGGGCCUUGCGUUGAUGCGGAUGGGAAGGGGGAGAUAGUGGAUGCGACACUCUUGUCCGGGUGAUGCCCACCGUACAAGCUCUCAGCAUCGGAAAAUGGAUUCGGGAUCCCAGGAUGAAGCGCUCGCAAACCAAAGAGAUACAGACGACGAGGCUGCACUCGACGCAAACGGUCGCGUCGGUGGGGCGAUCGGAGUUUCUGCUCGGAUGGUAGAUGCGCUAGCACUCGGCAGAUCGACACUGGAGGUGGCGAAUCUGGACGCAAUGGGAAGGGGGAAGUGGGCGAGUUCAGGAACGGGAGGGAUGUAUUCAACAACAGUCUCCUCAGUUGGCGACUCUGCUUUCCGGCGCAAAGAAAAGAACUUGCGUUUUGCUUUCUUGCCGCUGGCUGAAAUGUACCCGUCGUCUGUUUCGUAACCCGCAUCGCCAGAGACCUUUUUGCUCUUCUUCGACUUCGGCGGCGAUUUGACUUUCUU